GACUCUCUCUCUCUGAUCUGAGAGUCUGUAAUGUCUUCCUAAAAAUGGCGACUCCGAAAUUUUUUAAUCUUGUCUUCGCCACAACACUCCUCCUCUUCACCGUCUUAUACAUAGAAACUGACACUUUCGAUCCCUUCCGAUCAGUUCCCCCCAAAAAUCCGGUACAACUUCGAAUUGGAGUCGAACAAAACAAACAUUCCUCGAACUCCCAUUUGUCUACCAUUGUCAAUGUUGAAGAAGACGUUCUGGUACUGACCCAGAAGAAUUUCACCCAAUUCGUCCCCGGGAACCAGUUCGUGAUGGUGGCCUUUUACGCGCCGUGGUGCAUUUGGAGCAAGCGUUUACUCCCUGAAUACGCUGUGGCUGCUACAGGUCUCAAGGGACAAGCAAUACUCGCAAAAGUCGAUGCUACAAAGGAAAUUGAAUUGGCGAAGAAGUUUAAUGUUACUGGGUAUCCGACUUUGCACUUAUUUGUUAAUGGGAUUCAAUUGCAUCAAUAUGAUGGAGUGAGAACCAGCAGCGAUGCCAUUGUGACUUGGGUGAAGGGGAAGAUGAGUGCUUUUGCACACGAGAAAGUAACAGCAGAAACAGAUCCUACCUUGAAUUUCACUGCAGAUGAAUUCUUAGGAGGGCUCAAUUCUUUAGGAGGGCUCAAUUCUUUAGCUCUCCCUAGUCACCAAUAAAACUAGAAGAAUAUGCCUUGAUGAGUAAUUGAAACCAAACUCAACUUGCUGACAAGACAAAAAAAGCUGAAAGACUGUCCAUGGAGUUUUCUUGACUUUUGUGUGAAAAAGAAAUUAAAGGUGCAAAACUUCGAGAGAAGUGCGAUUUACAGCUAUGAACUUUUGGCUUCGAAUGUCUUCUGACUUCUUUGGGGAUGCAACUUGGCCUCUGCAGUUCUUUGUUCUGAGGUUUCUAUGUAUACUAUCGUGUGUAUCACAGCCUCUGUCUCUCU